GUCAAAGUCUCUCGUAUGCGGUCUGAAAACCAAACGACGCCAAUGACUUUUUAAAAAUCUUCUAUCUUUCUUUGAUAAUCUCCAACCACCCGUCCGUAUGAUGUUAUCUCCAAAUAUUUUUGAGCUAAAACACUUCUUGAGUUUCAGCUUUUAGCUUCUUCGUUGCUUACUGAAAAUUUCUCUCUUUUUCUCUCUCAGCAUGGGGAAUAUUGUGUCUUGUCAAUGUUCUGGUGAUGCAGUGUUGGAUCGUAUCAUUAGAUAUUUAUGUGAUAAAGGUUAUAUUCGAACCCUUAAGGAGAAUCUCAGGGCUCUGGAGAGGGAAAUGGAAGAUCUCAGAGCAAUAAAAGAUGAGGUGCAGAACAAAGUAGCGAGAGAAGAGGCACGCCAUCAACAAAGGCUAGAAGUUGUCCAGGUAUGGCUUACCCGUGUCGAUAGUAUUGAUAUACAGUUCAAAGAUGUGCUUAGUACUAAGCUCGUUCAGCUUCAAAAGUUGUGUUUCUGUGGUUUCUGUUCAAAAAAUGUAUGUUCGAGCUACAAUUAUGGGAAAAGCGUAUUCUUGUUGCUGGAAGAGGUUAAGAAACUUAGAUUGGAGGGUAAUUUUGAAGUGGUAUCUGAACCUACUCCGAGAGCUGUAGUAGAGGAGAUGCCUACUCAGCGUACGUUUGGUCAUGAAGAAAUGCUGCAAAAGGCAUGGAAUCGCCUUAUGGAAGAUGGAGUUGGAAUCAUGGGUCUGCACGGUAUGGGAGGUGUUGGCAAAACUACACUUUUCAAGAAAAUACACAAUAAGUUUGCUGAAAUAGCUGGUACGUAUGAUGUUGUGAUAUGGAUCGUGGUGUCUCAAGGCGCAACGAUUUCAAAGCUUCAAGAAGAUAUUGCACAAAAGCUAGACCUCUGUGACGAAAUGUGGAAGAACAAAAAAAAAAGUGAUAAGGCUGCUGCUAUAUACACAGAUUUAAAGAAGAAGAGAUUUGUGUUGAUGCUGGAUGAUAUAUGGGAGAAAGUGGAUUUAGAAGCCAUUGGUGUUCCCUUUCCGACAGAAGAAAAUAAAUGCAAAGUAGCAUUCACCACUCGUUCAUUGAAAGUAUGUGGGCAGAUGAAGGAUCAUAAGCCAAUGCAAGUCAACUGUUUGGGACCAGAGGAUGCAUGGGAGUUGUUUAAAUACAAUGUUGGAGACGACACGUUAAGAAGAGAUCCUGUUAUUGUCGAGUUAGCAAGAAGGGUUGCUGAAAAAUGUCGUGGUCUGCCACUAGCCCUCUGUGUCAUUGGUGAGACAAUGGCAUCUAAGACUACGGUACAAGAAUGGGAGCAUGCAAUCGAUGUUUUGACGAGAUCCGCUGCAGAGUUUGAUGACAUGGAAAAUAAAAUUCUUCCAGUUCUGAAGUUCAGCUACGAUAGCUUGGUGGAUGAAAAUAUCAAGUCGUGUUUCCUGUAUUGUGCUCUGUUUCCAGAAGAUUUUAGGAUAGAUAAAGAAAAGUUAAUAGAGUAUUGGAUAUGCGAAGGAUUCAUCGGAGAAGACCAAGUUAUAAAAAGUGCGAUGAAUAAGGGUUAUGUGAUACUUGGCACCCUUAUUCGUGCAAAUUUGUUAACAGAGAUUAGUUCAAGAAGGGUUGUGAUGCAUGAUGUGGUUCGUGAAAUGGCUCUAUGGAUAGCAUCAGAUUAUGGGGAACAUAAAGAGAAUUUUGUUGUGCGAGCAGGAGUCGGAUUACAUGAAGUACCACAAGUCAAGGAUUGGGGAGCUGUGAGAAGGAUGUCGUUAAUGAAGAAUGAUAUUAGAGAGAUAACAUGCAGUUCCAAGUGUUCUCAACUUACAACUCUGUUUCUCCAGCAGAAUAGAUUUCUGAAGAAUCUCUCAGGUGAAUUUAUUCAGUCUAUGCAAAACCUUGUUGUUUUGGAUCUAUCUUGCAAUCGCAGAUUCAGUGAACUUCCAGAGCAGAUAUCAGAGCUAGCCUCCUUGCGGUAUCUUAACUUGUCGCAGACAAAGAUGGAGCAACUGCCUGUUGGUUUACAUGAGUUGUCGAGCCUAAGAAUUUUGAAACUACGACAUUCUUAUGUUCAUGGAGAUGCAAGCUUAAUAAAAGAGCUUCAGCUCUUGCAGGAUCUACAAGUUCUAACCAUAACGAUAUCUACUGAAAUGGGUUUAGAGCAAAUAUUAGAUGAUCAAAGGUUGGCGAACUGCAUCACAGAUCUGAUGAUUAAGAAUUUUCAACAAAAGCCAUUCAAUAUAUCAAUACUAGUGAGUAUGAACAAUCUUUGUUCCCUUUGGGUGAAAAGGUGUCAUGUUUCAGAGAUUGAUACAUAUUUGAAGUGCAAAGAAAUUAGCAAGAAGGACUCGUCUAAUUUACACAGUCCCUCAAAUCUUUGCUUUACCAACCUCUCCAGCGUGAAUAUAAUUUACUGUCAUAGUAUCAAGGAUCUGACAUGGCUGUUGUUCGCUCCAAAUCUUGUCUCCCUACUCGUUAAAAAUUCAGAUAAAGUGGAAGAAAUAAUAAACAAAGAGAUAGCAACCAAUCUUACAGGUAUUAUUACUACACCGUUCCAGAAACUAGAAUGCUUAGAUUUACAUCAUUUGCCGAAGCUGAAGAGUAUCUACUGGAGUCCUCUCCCCUUUCCAUUUUUGAAGCACGUAACUGCAUAUAACUGUCCAAAGCUGAGAAAACUUCCCUUAAAUGCUACAAGUGUCCCACGACUUGAGGGUCUCACAAUAGAAAUGCGUCCUCGAGAACAUGGAAAUGACCUUGAAUGGGAGGACGAAAAUACCAAAGAUCGAUUCUUGCCUUCAUUAGAUCGGCGGCUGAACUUUUAGGUCUAAAGAUCCAUUACUCAGGAUUGGGAUCUUCUUCUUCUUGGAGUGUGUGUUGUGUUGUUCAUUUGGAUUGUAUAAUUGAUUUUGCUUUGCAUACUGAUCUAUCUGGAGUGUGUUGUUUGUUACGUUUUCCAUUUUCAUAUUGUAAUUUCUUUAACAUUUUUGCAUGCUUUAUAGACCACCGUUUUACACAAUCAACGUACAGUUUAUAUA